UUCAAGGUGUUUAUCGAGGAUCGAUGAUCGAUUGGCUGCGGCGGAUCGAACGUAGCCGCGAUGCCAACAUUGCAUCGGUCGUUGACACAGUUCCCCGCUUGAAAUUCGGCCCAGUGUGUCUAGCUGCUCCAGUUGAUCCAGGGAUUUUCAAUAUCACGGGUUGAGAAAGGAUGAAGGCUGAAAGCAACAACGGAUACUUGAAGACGAGCGUAAUCGUGGAGCAGAACGAGAUAUCGCUUGGUUCCGGUCAGGAGACACCUGCCACUAGCCCUCUUCAGGUGACUUAUGGCCCCCGUGGAAGCGCAACGACCACGGUCCUUCAGAAGCAUCCUGGGAACAGGCGGAAGUCGCUAGGAAUAACGCGGGCGACGUCAAUCAGACGAAGAGGGCCGGCCAACAGGCAGCAAUUGCUCGGUGUGCUCGCCGUCACUCUCCUCGCCACUUGCCUUUUUAUUCUUCUGCUGUUGGCGUUGAACACGAGCCGCGAAUGCGUGCAAGAGCCCCGUCCAAACGUUUGCAUGACAGAGGAAUGCAUCAGAACAGCUGCCAGUCUACUCUCGGCGAUGGAUCGGACAGCAGCGCCAUGCGUGAAUUUCUUCCAGUACGCGUGUGGUACGUGGAACCGUCGUCACGUGAUCCCAGAGGAUCGAAGUUCGAUCAGCACGUUCGAAGUGUUGGCCAAUCAGUUACAAGUAAUUCUGAAACGCAUCCUGGAGGAACCACCGAACAACGAAGACAACAACGCCACCUUGAAAGCGAAGAUGUUCUACAAGUCUUGCAUGGACAUCCCUCGUAUAAGGGAGAUAGGAGAUAUACCAUUGAGAAAGACGUUAGAGUUUCUUGGCGGUUGGCCAGUAGUGGUUGGACCAUCAUGGAAGCCACCUCCAUAUUCCGUCGAGGUUUUGCUAGGUCGAUUAAGAGGCCAGUACAACGAGGGAGUGUUGUUGGAACAAUGGGUCGGUCCAGAUGACAAGAACUCCUCGGCCAAUAUCCUCCAGCUGGAUCAAAUGCAAGUAGCGUUGCCAAGUAGAGACUAUUACUUGAAGAAGAGCAGCGAGUCUCAACUACACGCGUAUCAUCGUUAUAUGACAAACAUUGCUGUAUUGAUGGGUGCUAAUAGACAGACAGCUGUCGAGGAAUUCAAUCGCGUAAUCAAUUUGGAGAAACAAUUAGCAAAUGUGUCGAUACCAGAGGAUGAUAGACACGAUACGUCUGCUAUUUAUCGGAAGUUGACAUUGCGCGAGCUGCAGCGUGAAAUUCCACAACUGAAGUGGCACGAGUAUCUUCAAGAAUUCAUCAAUUCUCCUAUAACGGAAGAAGAGCCCAUUGUUGCGUAUGCCAUGCCAUAUUUCAUGCAAAUGGGUCGUAUCGUAAAAAGAACGGAUCGCAGAACGUUGCAUAAUUAUAUAUUGUGGAGAUUGGUCAUGUCCAUAAUGCCUCACAUGAUAGACGAAUAUCAGCAAAAGAGAGUCGAAUUUCGAAAGAUACUGUUGGGUAUACUAAGUGAGAGGGAUAGAUGGUCUCAAUGUGUUGAAUGGACGAACAAAAAGCUUGGUAUGGCUGUGGGUGCACUUUUCAUUCGUGACAACUUCAAUCAUGAAAGCAAGGAGACGGCACUUGAGAUGAUUCGUACCAUACGAGAGGCGUUUAACGAGUUAUUGGCCGAAAAUCAUUGGAUGGAUAAUGAAACUAGAGCCGUGGCCAAGAACAAAGCUAACUCAAUGAAUGAAAGAAUUGGAUAUCCUGAAUUUUUAAAAGAUCCUGUUGAACUUUCCAAGGAAUAUGUAAUGUUGAACAUUACCGAGAAUCAUUUCCUUGAGAACGUGCUAGCUGUGUUAAGAUACGACGCUUAUCACAAUUUGGAGAAGCUGCGAAAACCGGUUGAUAAGGACAAAUGGUCAACAGAGCCAGCCGUGGUAAAUGCCUUCUACAAUCCCAAUAAAAACGACAUUGUUUUUCCAGCUGGAAUUCUUCAGCCACUCUUCUACUCCCAGCAUUUUCCAAAAUCGUUGAAUUAUGGUGGAAUAGGUGUGGUGAUUGGUCAUGAGAUUACUCACGGUUUUGAUGAUAAAGGACGUCAGUUUGAUAAGGAUGGAAACAUGAUGCAAUGGUGGAACAAUGUCACUGUGAAAGCUUUCAGGGAAAGAGCUCAAUGUAUCGUGGAUCAAUAUUCAAGAUACAAAUUGCAAGAGGUUGAUUUGUACAUCAAUGGAAAAAUGACUCAAGGAGAGAAUAUUGCUGAUAAUGGAGGACUCAAACAAUCAUUUCGGGCAUACAAGAAAUGGGUGUCAAUACAUGGCGAAGAACCAUUACUUCCUGGUGUAAAUCUUACUCAUGAUCAACUGUUUUUUUUGAACUACGCUCAGAUAUGGUGUGGAUCCAUGAGACCAGAAGAUGCAUUGACGAAAAUACGAAGCAGCGUUCAUUCACCAGGUCCAAUAAGAGUUCUGGGUCCCUUAUCCAAUAGUGAAGACUUUGCCAGGGCCUAUGAUUGUCCUCCAGGCUCACCGAUGAAUCCAACUCAAAAGUGUAAUGUUUGGUAAUAAUGCAGAAUUCUUUGAAAGAAAAAGAAUAAACAAAAAAAUAUUUGGAUACUUGUGGUGAUAUUUAAUGCCACAAUUAUAUUUCGUGCCAUAAGAAGACUUUAAUUAUUUUAUUGACUAGUGACCACGAUGAAAGACCAUGAAAGAUCAGUAUUAUUUCAUCGUGAUUCACUUUGUGGUAUGAAUAUUCUAUACAUCGUUCAACAUAUUAACUGAAUUUUAAACAAAAGAUGAUCAGAAUCUGUAGAUAUUUAUGAUCUUGUCGAUGAAUGCAUUUUAUAGGAUGAUUUAAAUUCAAUCUAAUAUCAAUAUUUCACUAAUUAAAAUCGUAGUUAUAUUUCAAGUGAAUUAUUUUCUUUAUUAGUUCCGGUGAUUCGAUUUGCUGAUCGAUGUAUAGUUGAAGAGAGGAUUUUAUUUCUGUGUAUACAUGCGUGUGUAUGAAAAAGUGCGCCUGUUAAAUAGAAAUCGUGGAGAGAAAAAGUUGAUCAUAGUAUCAGCUUAAAAUUCCAUGGAUAAAAGCUACGUAAGAUGUAUAUAAAAGAUAUGUUUUAAUCAUGUAAUCCUAAUUGUGUGAUUCAUCUCGUCGAAGACGAGUCUAAAAUAAAUUU